AUGUCCCCAGUCACAGUCGGUCUCCUCGCCCCCACCGGUACCGUCGGCGGUGCCCUCCUCAAGUCUCUCUACGAAGCCCACAAGAAGGGCGACGUCAAGCUCGUGGUCCUCCACCGCUCUAGCAGCGACACCUCCAAGGUUCCCUCUGACGUUGACAAGCGUGUCGUCGACCUUGAGGAGAGCAAGGUGGACGCCAUCAAGGAUGUCACUAAGGACCUCGAAGUCGUCAUCUCUGCCGUCGGUUCUGCGGGCCUCAAGUCUCAGCUUUACCUCGUCCAAGCUCUCGCGGGCUCGUCCUCCCUCAAGGCUUUCUUCCCCUCCGACUUUGGAGCAGUCUGGAACGAGAAAGAGCGCGCCAUUCCAGCUCUUUCUUUCUUUGCCAUCAAGGCGGAAGUUGUCGCGAAGGCUAAGGAGCUCAAGGUACCUGUGACUGAGGUCAAGGUUGGGCUCUUUGACUUGUACUUCUUUGCAUACAAGGCAUUGGGCAGCGACCUCAAGGCAAACAAGGUCCAAUACUUCCGAAAGUCGCUCGACAACAAGAUCCACAUCACCUCCCUCGGGUACCUCGGCCACGCCGUCACCCAGCUCAUCACCACCCCCUCUUCCCUCUCGAAGCUCGGUAACACCCAACCCCACCUCUACGACCUCACCCCUACCGGUAAAGAGAUCGCCUCCGCCUUUGAGAAGGUGAACGGUUCUGCCCCAGAGAAGUAUGAGUUCAAGGAGGAAGAGUACGAGGAGAAGUUGAAGGCUUUGCCUGGGGCGAUUACUGCAGCGAUCUUUAGGAAGUGGGGUGAGGAUGAUUGGGGAGAUCUUCCCAAGACUGAAGUUGAGGGGUGGAAGGAGGAGAAGUUUGAAGAUGUAGCGAAGGCUUGGGCCAAGAAUGCUUGA